GCUGCCUCCUCUCCGGGCGGCGGCGCUGACUGAUCUCGCGAACUGGGCUUCUGUGUAAACUGAGGCUAAACAAACACAGAUGGAGCGCAGCGGGCGUUCUCCAGAAAUGCUGGCAACGCGGCAGCGACUUCAGAUGACACUCUGAGCGCUUCGAGAACGGACAGCCCGGCGGCUUCGGGGAGCCGGCGGUGCAGCUGCCCCGGGCGUGGGGGAGAAAGGGAGAGGGAGGAGGGAGGGAGCGCGGGGAGAGCCAGAGACUGAGCGGCGCUGAGCGCGGCGGCCGGCAGAGCCCGCACCGGCGUGCAGAGCCAGCGCUGCGGCCGCGCGUCCCGCCAGUCCCACGGCCCUGCCGCGCACGCUGCCCACGCCAUGAAGCACAUCCCGGUCCUCGAGGACGGGCCGUGGAAGACCGUGUGCGUGAAGGAGCUGAACGGCCUCAAGAAGCUCAAGAGGAAAGGCAAAGAGCCGGCGCGGCGCGCGAACGGCUAUAAAACUUUUCGACUGGACUUGGAAGCGCCGGAGCCCGGCGCCGCCGCCAACGGGCUGCGGGACAGGACCCAGCGGCUACAGCCGGCCCUGGCCCGGGUGCCAGCCCCGGUGGCGCCGGCCGUCCUCCCAGGUGGGGGAGCGGACACAGCCGGGGAACGCGGGGGCGUCCGGGUGCCUGAGGUCUUGGACGCGCGGAAACGAGGCUUCGCCCUGGGCGCAGUGGGGCCGGGACUCCCCACGCCGCCGCCGCCGCCGCCGCCGCCGCCGCCGCCUCCAGCGCCCCAGGGCCAGACAUCAGGGGCUCCCGAGACACAGUCUUGUCGGGAGCAGGGUCUGCGUCCCCGCAUCUUGCUGUGCGCGCCGCCCGCGCGCCCUGCGCCUCCAGUGCCCCCAGCGUCCUCUGUGCGCCCGGCGCCCCCGACGCGCCCCGGGGAAAGUUCCUACUCGUCAAUUUCACACGUAAUUUACAAUAACCACCCGGAUUCCUCUGCGUCGCCUAGGAAACGGCCAGGCGAAGCGACUGCAGCCUCCUCCGAGAUCAAAGCCCUGCAGCAGACCAGGAGGCUCCUGGCGAACGCCAGGGAGCGGACGCGGGUGCACACCAUCAGCGCAGCCUUCGAGGCGCUCAGGAAGCAGGUGCCGUGCUACUCAUAUGGGCAGAAGCUGUCCAAACUGGCCAUCUUGAGGAUCGCUUGUAACUACAUCUUGUCCCUGGCACGGCUGGCUGACCUCGACUACAGUGCCGACCACAGCAACCUCAGCUUCUCUGAGUGUGUGCAACGCUGCACCCGCACCCUGCAGGCUGAGGGCCGCGCCAAGAAGCGCAAGGAGUGACUACCGCAGACUAGACCAAGGAUGCUGCUGUGGGCCUUUUUCCAGUCAGGCCUGAGGAGAAGGUGCACUCGCCAAGUCCAGCCUCAACUCCUCUGCAAGAUGCCGUCAUAUGCUCAGACCACUGCCUCUUGGGGCUGGACAUGAACAUGCCUGCUUCUCUUUCACCCUCCUCCCCUCACCGAGCCACUCAGUGGCUAAUUUACACUCUUCCCUCUGCCCAGUGGGGAGGGGAGAGCUAGCCUUCCUCUUGCCUGAGGCACACUGUCCAGCUGCAGAAAUUCAUUGCCAAAGAUUCGACACAGACACUGUUCAAAACAGUGUGAGAAAACCCAAAAAACAGAAACCACACUGUUGCUCCAUCACUUUUGCUCCAUCUGUUGCCUGAGUCCCAUCUCAAGCCAAAGACAUGCCAGCAAUUCCAUGAGGACCACGUGGAAGGAUGGACAUUUGGUGACAAUUGGAAACAUCAGACCUCUGACUCAACACUCUUCUUCUGUGCUGGGCCCUUGAGCUGGCUGGGGGCAAGAUGAGCCUUCGGAGUGCUGGAGAGGGAGAAUGGGGGAGCCAGGGAAGAUAAGGAGUAGGGUCUGAGGUCCCUGACCCCUUCUCUCCCUCUCACUGGGUGCCCAGGCCUUCUGGUCCUGAUUCUCAAGGUUUGCUGAGCUCAGGUUCCUUCUUGGGCCCUGAGCAUCAUGGGAAAGGAGUCAGGAGAGAAGAAGCAAUAUUGACCACCCCAUUCCCCACCCCAGGGACUUGCCCUAAAGAAACCUGCCUGAGGACCUUCGCUUCCUCAAUCAGCCCAGCCAGCCAUUCCUCACCAGUGGCCUCAUGGCUGGGCUAACAAGAUGGCACCCUGCUUGGAGGCCAACUGUCUGUUACAGGUUGUGCAGGAGGGGCAGAAGGAGGAAGGGACCAGGGGAAUGGGCCAGUAUGUGCGUGUAUGGGGGUACAUGUUCAAAGCCAAGGCCUGCUCCUUCCUUGUGCUCAAAAGGCCAAAGCUUUUCACAUCUGUGCUCAAACGUCUGCUUCAAAUUGAAGUAAAAGCCCCAACAUGUAAAGAACAUACUUGUUGUGUUGAGUGGACUCCAUGGGUGACCAGGGCAUGGUCUCUGCCUAGAGGUAUGGGGCAUGGUCUCUGCCUAGAGAUGUUGAGCCCUUCAGAGAAGUGGGCAGUGUGUGAGUGGUAGUGUGUGGGGCCAUGUAGGGGUGUGGCAGCGGUGGGGGGGUGGUGGUGGUGGCCUCGGCCUGGGUUUGUGACCAGGAGGCCUAGACAGAAACACAUCAUACCUCACAUAAUUCUUACCAUGAGUUUAUGAGGUGGCUGCUGUUAUUAUUAAUCCCAUUUUACAGAUGAAGAAACAGAGGCCCCAGGGACACAGGGCUAGUCAGUGGCAGAGCCAGUACUCAAAUCAGGGCGUCCUCACUCUAAAUCCUGGGCUCUUGCCUCUUCCCAGUGCCGUGACCCAGUCGUACCUGAAGUCUUUGUGUGGCCACUGUCAUGUCACUCUGCUUCAGUGGCCCUCAGUCUUCCAGUCUAAAAUGGACAGCCAAGGCCCAUUGGGGUUGGGGGGUGGGGUGGUGGUGGUAAGAAGUUAAGAAGUAGGAAAGGACUGUCAAGACAGAAGGGCUGUGUAGGAGGGACACGGCUGCCCGUAGAGCAGGAUUCACAGCCUGGCCCUUGGUUUUACCUUGGUGUUGCCCUUUCUUCCCUAUUCCUCAGGCCCCUGGGCUGAGGCAGGGGCUGGCGCUGGAGUGUCUGCAGGCAGAGCUGGCUGUAGGGAGCCUCUUCCCCUUGCACUAGGGGCUGUGGGCCUUGGAGAAGUCCAGGCAUAGCCCUUUGCCAAGGACCAAGGUAUGUGGGCUGGUCUAGGUUCCUUGGGCUGGGAGAUCAGGGGACCUCAGAGCAAGGUGCUCUGGAAGUAGGCCAGACAGAGUGGGCUUGGAAUGGAGCUGAGAGGGGCCAGUUUGGAAGGGCCAGUCAACCUGGGACCCCAGGUAUAGGUCCCAGCUCACUCAAUUGUCCUUCUGAGCCUCCGAGUAACUCUGGUGGCACUUCCUGGAGCAGCAGGAAAUAUGGACCAACCAGCGUCAAACUUGUUGACAUAGAAGGGCCCUUUCUGUUAACAAAGAGUGGGGGCACCUCCACUCUGCUGCCAAGACAGCUGACCUGUGGCCUCACCACCCAGAGACAACCAAGCUUCACUCCCACCCCUCUCCUGCUCAUAGCCUUCAUUACACGCUUUCCUGUCAUUCUGAAUCAGACACUCAGCUAGAUGGUGGGAAUAGAGAGAUGAACCCUGUGGUGUGCCUAUCUUCACAGAGCUCAUGGUUCUGUACAGGGGGCCAGAUAAACAAGCAAAUAAUUAUUAUACAGCCAGAUGACUAAGGUGGCUUUGGGAUUUUCGGGAAAGGACCAAACUCUCCCCGGGGGUAUCUGGAAAGGCUGUCUGGAAAGGCGCUACGUGAGUUGGAUCUUGAAGGAUGAAUAGGGAUUUUCUGAGCAGAGCAAUGGGGGAAAGGCUUUCUAUGCAGAGGGGUACUCAGCCUUGGCAGGACAGUGGGAUAACCUGAGGAGAUUAUUAAAUGCUAAUAUAAAGUACUAAUGUUGAAGUCUCAUUUCUAGAAAUUCUGAUGUGCUGGAAUGGAGUGUGAUCUGGGCAUUGGGUUUUGUUUGUUUGUUUGUUUUAACAAAGAGAAAUUUAUUUUCUCACAGUCUAGUAGGCUAGAAGUCCAAAUUCAGGCCAUCAGCUCCAGGGGAAGCCUUUCUCUAUCUGUCGGUUCUGGAGGAAAGUCCUUCUCAUCAGUCUUCCCCUGGACUAGGAGCUUCUCCAUGCAGGAACCGCGGGUCCAAAGGACACGCUCUGCUUUCAGUGCUUCUUUCUUGGUGGUAUGAGGUCCCCUGGGCAUUGGGAUUUUUAAAAGCUCCUCACUUGAUUAUAAUGUGCAAGCAAUACUGAGGACCACUGGUCCAGGAGGGCUCUGGCCUCUGACUAGAAAGGAUUUAGAACCACUGAUAUGGGAUACAGGCUGCGCUGAAAUGUGGAUGGAAGACACACACGCACACACAUAUAUAAAAAACUCCUUACUGUCAAGUCGGUUCCAACUCAUAACGAUCCUAUAGGACAGAGAAGAAUGGCCUCAAGGGUUGCCAAGGCUGUAAAUCUUUAUGGAAGCAGACUGCCACAUCUUUCUCCCGUAGAGCAGUUGGUGGGUUUGAACUGACAACUUUUUGCUUAGCAGCCAAGCGUUUAACCGCUGUGCCACCAGGGCUUCUCAGACAUGUAUAUGUAUAUAGGUAUGUAUGUAUAUUAAUGAUGAAAAAUACAUGCUUUUCCUCCCCUUUUCCGGCUUCCUCCCCAGCACAGCAGUUUGUGUUUUUAUGCACAUGUGCACACACACACACACAUACAUCCUGCAUGUCACACGCACACACAAAUACACCCCUCAUGUGUGCACACACACCUAUACACCCUUCAUGUGUGCACACACACAUACAUCCCUUGUGUGCGCACACACACACCCCUCGUGUGUGUGCACACAUAUACACUCCUCGUGUGCACAUACACAGAUACACCCAUCUUGUGUGCACACAUACAUAUAUACCCCUAAUGCGUGUGGAUACAUAUAUACCCCUCAUAUGUGUGGACACACAUAUAUACCCCUCAUGUGUACACACACAUACACAUAUACACCCCUCAUGUGCACACACACACAAUACACCCCUCAUGUGCGCACACACACACCCAGACUCACA